AUGACACAAUCUCCCAAGGACUUGACACAUUUACUUUCUGCCGAAGCUAAGAGUCGAAAGAACUCUCCCUUAAAGGAAUGCUUUGUGUACUUUGGCCAACCUGGGUUAACUUUCUUAGGUGGUGGAUUACCAUUGGCUGAUUACUUCCCAUACAAUAAGAUUUCAGCUGAAAUCCCAACUCCUGGGUUUGAAGGUGGUAUUGGUGCACCAAUUACCGAGGCCAACAAAACAGAAAUUGAGGUUUAUAGACUGAAGGAAAACAAUGGUCCUAAUCAAAUUGAAUUGGCUCGUUCUUUACAAUACGGUUAUACUGAAGGUCAUAAAGAGAUUGUUGAUUUCUUAAAGGAACAUACCAAAAUGAUCCAUAAGCCGGUUUAUGAUGAAUGGGAUCUUAUUUGUACUGUGGGUAAUACUGAGGCUUGGGAUUCUACUCUCAGAACCUUUACUUCAAGAGGUGAUACGAUUUUCGUUGAAGAAUAUACUUUUAGUUCUGCCUUGGAAACAGUUAAUGCUUUAGGGGUUCAUACAUUCCCCGUACCCAUUGAUGAACAUGGUUUAAUUCCUGAAAAGUUUGCUACGAUUUUGGAAACUUGGGAAGGUCCAAUUCCUCGGUUAUUGUAUACUAUUCCAACUGGUCAAAACCCAACUGGUUCAUCUGCUUCAUUAGAAAGAAGAAAAGCCAUUUAUGAAUUGGCAUGUAAGUAUGAUUUCCUUAUUGUCGAAGAUGAACCAUAUUACUUUCUUCAAAUGGAAAAAUAUACCACUGAUCUUGAAGCUAGAAAGGCCAGACACGUUCAUUCUCAUGAAGAGUUUAUCAAGGCAUUGGUUCCCUCUUAUAUAUCCAUUGAUGCUGAAGGUAGAGUACUUAGAUUAGAUUCGUUCUCCAAAGUCAUUGCUCCCGGGUCACGUUUCGGGUGGAUUGUUGGACAAAAGAAGUUAUUGGAACGGUUCCUUCGUUUACAUGAAGUCAGCAUUCAAUGUCCAUCUGGGUUCUCUCAAUCAUUGUUGAAUGGGUUAUUACAGAGUUGGGGCCAAACUGGUUAUUUGGAUUGGUUGAUUGGCUUAAGAGCUGAAUAUACUCACAAGAGAGAUGUUGCUAUUGAUAGCAUUCAUAAAUACUUUCCUCAAGAAGUUGUGACUUAUGAUCCUCCAGUGGCAGGUAUGUUUUUCACGGUAUCAAUUGAUACCACUAAGCAUCCAAAGUUUGCCACGGAUCAUAACUCUGAUCCAGCCAAGGUUGAAGAGGCUAUCUUCCAACAAGCCAUCAAGCAAGGAUGUUUGAUGAUACCUGGUUCCUAUUUCAAGGUUACUCCACCACCAGACCAUAAGUUAACAGUUGUUGAUGCUGGUAGUGCGAACCAGAUCUUCUUUAGAGGUACUUAUGCUGCUGUUCCUUUGGAUGCCUUACAAGUUGGAUUAGAGAACUUUGGGAAGGCGCUCAGAGUUGAAUUUGGUCUUAAUUAA